AUGGCUGGGAUCUCUGCUGCAGAAACCCUGUCGAAACAAAAUGUCGACGACUUUCUCAUUCUGGAAUAUCGCGAUCGGAUCGGAGGUCGCGCAUGGCAUGAGAACUUCGGAAAGGACAAAGAUGGCAGGCCUUACGUGGUAGAAAUGGGUGCUAACUGGGUACAAGGAUUGGGAAGCCCUGACACCCAUGAAAAUCCUAUCUGGACGCUGGCAAAAGAGUUCAAUCUAUCAACAACCUACUCCAACUAUAGCAACGUCUCGACGUAUAAUGAGCACGGAUUCAAGGACUAUUCUCAUUUUCAGGAUGAAUACGACGCGGCGUAUGAGAUCGCGUCUCAGAAAGCCGGCACAAUGCUCAAGGACAACCUGCAAGAUCAAUCGGCGCAAGCUGGACUGGCACUAGCUGGAUGGAGACCAAAAUCCAAUAACAUGGAGGCGCAGGCCAUUGACUGGUGGAACUGGGACUUUGAGGAUGCAUACUCACCACUAGAGAGCUCGCUGGUGUUCGGAUGCGCUGGCGACAACCUGACCUCCAAUGGCUUCAGCGAUGAGGACAACUUCGUGACGGAUCAGCGCGGACUCAACCACAUCGUCAAAGGGAUGGCGUCUCGAUUCCUUCGUCCAAACGACACCCGUCUGCAUCUCAACACCCAGAUCACGAACAUCACCUACAGCAAAGAUGGCGUUGUCAUCUCAAACCGCGACGGCAGCUGCGUUGAGGCUGCGUACGCCAUCUGCACCUUUUCUCUCGGGGUCCUGCAAAACGACGCAGUGACCUUCCACCCCGAACUGCCCGAAUGGAAGCAAACCGCCAUCCAGAUGUUCACCAUGGGCACCUACACCAAGAUCUUCAUGCAGUUCAACGAGACCUUCUGGCCCACAGACACCCAAUACUUCCUAUACGCGGACCCCCACACCCGCGGCUGGUAUCCCAUCUUCCAGUCUCUCUCGACGCCGGGAUUCCACCCAGGCUCAAACAUCAUCUUCGUCACGGUAACCAACGAGUUCGCCUACCGCGCCGAGCGUCAGUCCGACGAGCAGACCAAAUCCGAGAUCAUGGACGUGUUGCGCAAGAUGUUCCCUGAAAAGAACGUCCCCGAGCCCACGGCGUUCAUGUAUCCGCGCUGGAGCACCGAGCCCUGGGCCUACGGCAGUUACUCCAACUGGCCUGCUGGCACGACGUUGGAAAUGCAUCAGAACUUGCGCGCGAACGCUGACCGAUUGUGGUUUGCUGGGGAGGCGACCAGUCCGACGUACUUUGGUUUCUUGCACGGGGCUUGGUUCGAAGGACAGCAUGCCGGACGGGAGAUUUCUCGCGUGUUGGGUGGAUGUAAGCGUAACGGGUUGAAGUGUGGGGCGAGGAAGCAUUAUGAGAUCCUUCGUGGGACGACGCCUCUGGCUGAUUAUACCGUUGUGAACGGAUGGGAUGGGAAUAGCUUUGUGGAUAAUAAUGAGGACUAG